UUAUACAUUAAAGCACCAAUGCUUUAUAGCAUAGUAAAAGUGUUCCUAUGAAAAUACUAAUUAUUAGCUAUAACUAUUGUUACGCGUAAACGAAUGGCUAACAAUCCGUUACCGUUAUUAACUUUGUAACGGAAAAAUCUACGUCAUCAACCACAUCACCUUCCACGUAAUAUUAAUAUUUAGUUAUAGUUUUCUAACAUUAAAAUUCAAAACAAAAAAUGGAGGGUCAAUGCCCCCCUCAUCUUCUUCCCCAGCCACACCUCCUCCAAUCAAAUCCCUCUGCCUCAAUCCCUCCACCUCCGCCACCUCCUCCUCCUCGAAUCCUUUCAACGACGACCCCGGUGCGAUGUCUCCAGCAGCAAAGUACGCGACGACUAAGAAGGCGAAGUCCCCGAAAGAUAAGGGGAUAAAUUCGUUGAUUUAUCCACAAAGUGGGAAAGCAGCAUCUCGUCGAAUCCCCAGUCAAUCCCUACCGCAUCCCCAGUCUCCUUCAAUUCCUUCUCGCAGCCGCAUCCUUAUUCCAUUCCCCGCCAGGUUUUCUUCGAUUCCAACUGUCAUCCCAGCCAUCCCCUACUUCUCGCUUCGCCGAUGAUGUUGGCAACAGUGAAGCGAUAGCAGGAAGGGAGGAGACGAAAUGUCGAUGGUGGAGGAAGAAGAAGAUUACACCUUUUAGGAUUUUUUUCCCUUCCAUUUUCUUAAUUUUUUAAUAAUUUAUUUUUUAAAACAAAAAAUAUUAUAUGGUUACUGCCAUGUGGGAGCCAUGUCAGCAUCAUCUGACGGAAUUAUUAACAGAGAGUUAACGUUUGGUAAAUAAUUUAUAUUCUGAUAGUUGUGGCUAUUAUUCCCCGCUGCUUAAUAGCUGUGGCUAAUAUAUAGUAUUUACCCUUAAAAGAAUGGCCAUGUUUUAUUGACGUAGCAACACUUCCCUCUCUCUCUUCUCAAUAAUUCAUUUUUCCGCUCCACGUAUUCGCAUUUCCCUCUUGUAUGGCAUCUCCUCUUCAUCAUCAACCAAUUUUCUUUCUUGUAGUUCCAUUCGUAUGCGUUCAUACUCGGCCCUCAAUUCUAGCAAUUGAGAAUUGUAGAUUUCCGAAGUCUCAGCAACACCUUUCCUUUCUUCCUCGCCUUUUGUUUGUCAAGUCCCUCGGGGAGAGUUAAGACGAAGGUUAGACACAUGUGGUAUUAUUUUGGUUCCAAAAUUUCCGUUAAUGCGAUCUUGUCUAUCAAUUUAGAAAAUGGAGGAAAGCGGAUGAAUCUGAUGUCUAGAAGGUGGGUUGUGAAUAUUACAACCCAGGUUGUGACCCAAUGUCAUCCCAUUUGAAUUUGAAAGAUAUUGCUUCAUUGAUCAAGUAUCGGGCUUAUGCUAACGAGGUUCGGAGGGACAAGGAGAUGUUUGCAGAUGGAGGGACGAAAAAGGUUUUUUUUCUAUUGUUUUAUUAUAAAAAGUGUUAGCAACAAAUGAAGAAUAUAUAUAUAAAAUGUCCAAUGGGGUAUUAUUAGUUGACUAUCAAAUGUUUUUCUGGCCGAAUGAUUUCCUUUUGGGUUUUGUAUUCGAUGUUAUAGGAAUGAAUUGGAUACAAAACUGUUUUUUGCUUUAGUAUAUUCACUAGCUUGCAUUUCACCAUCUGCAUCUAUGACAAUUUCUCAAAUUUGGCAAAGUUGAAACUUUAGUGUCCCGUGAAGUAUAAACCAGAAAAUCAAGUGCUCGGUCCAACAAAACAUACUGGUGACAAGCAUUGAAGACCCAAGCACCUGAAUUUCAAAGGCGACCUGUUAUUGCGCGGACACGUGCCCAUUUCCAAUUAAUGAUAUAGGUUCAAUCUGUUAGCAGAUCAUGCCAUUUGCCACGUUGACACAUGCCUACUUGUACAUAACCCAUCUAUCUAUAGUCCCAUGAAGCCCAUGCACGAAGACAACGUUGGACAAUGUUUGCCUCCUAGAGUUCGACCUUUCUUUGUUGUUUUUCAGAUAAAUAGCUUCCGCAGCUGUGAGCAGUAAAUGUACAGUUUGAGAGAAUUAUAAUAUCGGUAUCCUGGAGAGUGUUAAGCUCUCCUGUGGAUUAAUCCAGAUCAUCAGGAAAACCGAGUAAACCGUCUGUGUUCUUAUUUCCUUACUAUUUUUGUUUAGUUUGAUAUUCAUUCUGAUAUACAAACAUGUAUCAGGGCUUCCAACAGUAGAUUUGUCUGUUCCUCAGGUUCGGCUCAGUUCAACGAAUUAUUCCCUGUGGGAGUUCCAGCUCCGAGUGUUAGUUGAAGGAAGGGGCUUACUUGGUAUACUGAAUGGGACUACUGCACCACCUGGCGUGACAAGCCAACUCGAAGGAGAUCACUAUGUGGGCUCAAAACAAUGCAAGAGUGAGGUCAUGGAUGUUGGGAUGCAUCGGUCCGUCGACUUACUUGAGUCUGCGUCUGUUUCCCAUGAUAAACAGGAUGUGGCCAUGGAUUUCAAUACCUAAUAAACCUCAUAAUCAUCC